AUGUCACCUCUGAAGCCCUCCUUCCCACCACGCAACCCCCUCAGCACCCCAGCAGAAGAACCUCCCUCUCUCACCACUCUCAUCAAAAGCCUCAACAUGGUCCCCCACAUAGAAGGCGGCUACUACAUCGAAACCGACCGCUCCCCACUCACCAUCCCCUCCCCCUUCCCAUCCAAACCCUCAUCCACAACAUCCGGUCUCGUACCCACCCGCCCAGGCUUCGACCCCUCUACACGCUCCCUCUCAACAACUAUCUUCUACCUCCUCACACCCUCCGGACCCCAAGGCGGUUUCCACCGUAACUCAGCACGCACAGUGCACACGCUGCACCGCGGACGGGGUCGGUACGUGAUUAUCCACGCGGACGAGGGGAAAGAAGGGGAGGAGAAGAGAGUGGAGAGUUUUGUGGUUGGAGGGAAUGUUGAGAGAGGGGAGAGGCUGCAGUGGAUUGUUGAAGGGGGGAAGUUCAAGGCGAGUUUUCUGCUGCCGGAUGUGGAGGGUGGAGAGGAGAGUGAGGGCUUGUUGAUCAGUGAGACGGUGGUGCCGGGGUUUGAGUUUGUGGAUCAUGAUUUUCUGGCACCGGAGGGCUUGGCUGAGCUUGUGGGAGGGGAGAAGGCGGAGGAGCUGAGUUGGUUGCUGAGUCCGUUGGGGAAGAAGUGA